CGGAAUCGAAAGUGAAAAUUGUGGAAUUUCCCUAAUUUAAAACAAUAGUUUCUGAUCCAUCGUGGACAUGAUAAUAGGUUUUGCAUGAAUGUGUUGUUAAGAAUUCGACAAAUACAUAAAAGUUAGCUUUUGCCUUCUGGUGGCAUCAAGGUACAUAAUGGCGGACGAUGAAGGUACUGAUGUUGACAUCACCCAUGACGUGUUUCUGAUUCACGCCAAUGAACCAAAGGAGGACAAAGUAUUUGCACUGUUAAAACUUAAGCCAUUACUUGAACGUCAAAACCUUAAAGUUCUGGUCGAUGAAGACGAUUUCCUAGGGGGUGAAACUGUUUUUACCAAUAUAGCCAGAGCUGUCAGACGAUGCCGGAAAUCCUUGAUCGUACUAACAGAACACUCUCGGGAAAGUCCAUGGUGUUCACUAGAACUACUGCUGGCUCUAGAGAAGUCUCACCGCCGUAACAUCAUGUCUGUUGUUGUUCUGCGAAAAGGAAAUUCUGUUGAACAGCAGCUGGCAUUGGACAUGCUGAAUGAUGUUCCACACGUAGAUAUACUAAAUGACGAUGACAUCGAGGGCAAACUAGACGAUCUUGUCUCUAAAAUCAAAGAAAAGAAACAAACUGAAGAACUGUUGCCUGCUGGGAACAUUGCGCAUGCACAAGUUUGGUCUCAUUACUUUGGACUGUUGCAGUAUCUUCUUCCAGAAAUGACAGCUCUUGUAGAGAAAACAGAAACCUACAAGAAAUAUCCAACCAGAUUUUCUACAAAAUUGUAUGAGUUGGUUCCAGAAAACUGCCAGUGUCCUAGAGUUAUUGAAGACAUACCCAAAGAUAGCCCUGAACAGAGAAUCAUUGUUAUGGAAGAAAAAUUACCAAAUUUAAGCUACACACGGUCAGGAAACAAACGAGAUGUGCAGAUGACAAUCUAUGGCGUCAAAGACAGAGAUGGAACAGAGUACUACUGUGUAGCAGAAUAUCCUUCAGUUAUAGCCGGAAUCCAAAAAAUGAUAGAAGAAACGUCCUCCAAGUUACGGGAGUGUGAUAGGCGGACUCAGGUGGGGCGUUUCUACUACACACUCAGUGCCUUACUGCAGCACGAAAGUUUGGAAGGCACUCUCAACAAAGCCAACAUAAUUAUGUACAAUGAAAACAGACCUGGAUUUGUGCUGGCCGACGUUUUGGUGAAGGCUAUUAAAGAAGACUUGCAUGUGGGAUCAAUGAAAGAAGGAAGGAUAGAGAGACCAUUGGACAGGCUAAGCUCACGAGAGCCAGCGGAUUUUGAGCAUGAUGCUUUUUUGUUUUAUGACGACGAAAGCCAUGAGAUAGGAAAUGAAAUAUGCAACUAUUUAGAGAGUAAAGGCACUAAGCUUUUUAUUGAAGACCAGAGAACAGGACAAAGGUCGAUUUCAAAUCUUGAUUAUGUCAUUGGGAACUGCUACUGGACUAUUGUGAUAUUAACAAGAAAGGCUUUGAAGGAUAGAAAAUUCACUUUACAAUUAAUUAGCCUUUUACAGUCAUUUUUAGUGGACAAAAAGAUUCGCCUGAUUCCUGUACUUCUUGAUACAAGAUAUGGCGACAUUCCAGAUGCCAUCCGAUUUGUGACUUAUGUAGGUGUUGAUGAAAACAAAAGAUACUUGGAACGACUCCAUUGCACUUUAAAAGGAAAGGAAAUCCCUUUUGACAGAGAUACCUUGAUACCUGCAGGAAAUGUUGCAUAUGGAUUGGCAUGGACUUACGUUCUGAACUAUCUAGCAUUUAUUCUGCAAGGAUUGGGUAAUUCUAUCAUCAAAACUUUAGAGAAGCACAACAAAAGUUCUUCCAUCUACAAGGAAAAAGUGUACAUUUUGGUUCCUUUUUCUUGUGAUUGUAAAGCCAAACUGAGUGAUGCUGAUGAUAGUAUAUCAUAUUUGGACACCAUCCAUCCAGUUUAUGUUAAUCACAGUGGCAACAGCCGAAAGUACAGUUUCGACAUGUACACAUUUUUUGACAAAGAUGAAGUUGAAGAGUUUGUAUUUGUCGGCCAGUAUGCAGCAGCCGUUACAUGUCUGGACGACAUGUGGAGGGUGAGGAUUGCUGGACUCAGUGAAGCAGACAAGAUCAUACAGGCCAAGAUAUUCUGUCAUGAGAUUCAGAAUGUCCUGGACCAGAAGUUGAUAGAAUAUACUCAUUUGUGCGAGAUUGUCUCUUAUGAUGAUAGAAAGUACUCACUUUCCGAUGAGAUGAAGAGGAGACUGAAACAUUCACCUUGAGAGGAAUCAAAUAAGUACAGAAAAAGGACAAUGAGAAGUACAAUGUUGUAAUACAUGUAUACAGUCAUAAAUAUAGAACAUGACAUAAAUUUACCUAUAACUGCAUGUCAUUCCAUAUUCCAGUACAAUGCUUUUCUGGAUUUACUAGACCUUGAGUUAUAUUAUUUUUGAAUGUACUGUAUAUAUGGUGUCAUAUACAUUAAUGUCUGUACACAUUCAUUAUUGGUUCUCUGUAUUUUUAUGUAUAUGUAUAUUUUACCAGAUGUGUAUGUUCAUGUACAUGUGCUCUUUAUAAAUAUAUUUGUUACAGUAAAUUACAGAUUACAGAUUUAUAAACAUAGGGCUCAUGUUAAAAAAACCCACAAUUUUGUACUCCACAAUUUUAAUCUCAUAAUCACUUUACCACAGCAUAAUAUAUUUUUCUGAUGAGGAAAGACGUGAUUUUGAGUAUAGGGGGAAUAAGAGAAAAUCAAAAUGGAACAAUCAAAUAGAUAAUGCUUUAGAUUUAAGCCCAAGAUGUAAGAAUGUUUAUACAUGUGUUUUGUUAAAAUGUGAUCCAAUCAAAGGUUACACAAGGGUUUGUAAAGUGUGAUUAUUUUUUUUUUUUUUUUGCUGCUGAAACAUGAACUUUGUUUUCAUUGUUGUACGAUCUUUGUUAUUGUAACUUCAUCUGGUUGCUAGUGGGACCACUUAAGUACAACCUGUUGUUGUUAUUGCUUUGUUUUAUGUGCAUAUAUUGGAUUAUAUUUGCAUGUAUAUUUUUAGCUAUAUACUUUGAUGACAUUCCAGUUACCUACAUAUAAUUUAAUAACUUUAUCCCCAAUCAUGACCAUUUUACAAGAGCUGUCAUGACAGAAAUAUUAUUACAGUAUAUAUUUUAUUGUUUAUUUUGGAAAACGGUGUACCUUUUAUACACUUUGUUGAGUGCAAUUUGCAUUAUGAAAUAGUUUUUGUAGAUGGUUUGAAGGCAUUACAAAAUGAAAAAAAUCUUGUAAAGUCUUAUAUAAGUCUUUUUUAAAAGUAAUGCAUGAAUUGCUAUUCAUGCUCAAACAAUCAAUUUGUGCAAUUAUUUUACAUUUAUGCAGAAAAAUAUCAAAAUGGGAGUUGUAAUUUAUUAGUAUUUUAAAUUAUUGUAUAGAAGCUUUAAUAUAUUAAGUACACCAAAGCAAGAUUGACAUUUUUAUGAUAUAAUGCUCCAUUGUUUUUAUCUUUAAUUUAGAUCUCUCACCAAUAUUUUAUCUUUAUAUCUUUUACAGUGUGUACAUUUAUUGCAAAAGGUUUCAACUGUGUGCUUGUAAGGUUAGAUUAAAACGUUUACAUUUUGAGUGCAUUUUGUUGUCUUGAUUUAUUUUUUGCUUGGACAUUUUUUUUUUUUGUUAUUACUACUUCAAUUUUCAUUUGGAAAUUAUUGAUCUAUGGGAGUGAGUUUUCAACCACUCCUCAUGAAAUCAGUCGCUAUGGAAGUGAAGUGGACCUAGGCCUGUGCACUCA